AUGGCGCCGCGCGGCACGUGGCUUCCCGCGCUGUUGGGUGUAAGGACCCCAGUCGCUGGGCCGCCAUUCCGGAGCGCCAUCGAGAGGUCCUACGGGCGCGCGCGGACCCCCGAGUGCGGCUGGAAGCCCUGGGCCGUUGGUAGAGUGGAAGGGGAUAAAGGGAUCGGUGGGCGAGCGUCCCCUGUGGCCGGACCUCCCCUCACCGCCCUUCCCCAGCAGCUGGUGACCACCAAUCCCCCUGAGCUAGCUGUGCACUGUUCGACCACCACCUUCUGCCUCCUGCCAGAUGUGGGGGCCGCGGUCACCCAGCUGUCUGCCCUCUGCGGUGUGGACCCACCACAGUCACAGCCUCAGGACCAGGAGUCGGAGCCAGAGCUUGUCCUGAUGGGGUGUCUGGCUGCUUCUCCUCGCUGCUCACAGCAGUCCUGGUGCCUGGAGCUCGAGAUGGAGGCCUUCAUGUCAGAUGAGGCAGUGGUCACAGUGCCCGGCCUGCCGGCCCCACAGUACACCCUCAGGUACUACCUGCUGUACCUGGGCCAGGUUCAAGAGUGGGCCACAGCUCUGAGCCAAGGUGAACGAACUGUGUGUGGGCAGGCUGGGGUGGCCCGUGCCCCUGGGCCUGAGUCUGUGUGCUCCCCACCUAGUGGAGACAGCACUGUGGACCUGGGCCGUGGGGCAAAGGCUGUGCCCAGACCUGCUGCCCAACCUUGGCCCCAGCCUGGCCACCCACGUGGACACUAGGCCAGCCAAGAAGCAUGGGACCCAGGCCGAGUGAACUUGGCUAUAGUCCAGGCCUGCUCACCUGCUACACAACCUUAGGCCUCCGGGUCUCACUGGAUGGCAGGGAGGCUGAAGAGUAGGUCAGCCACUAUGGGAGCUCAAUAAACACUUCCCAGACUCA